AUAUCCAUUGCCGAUCAUCGUUAUAAUUACUUUUUCCUUUGCCCCGUCGGUCUACUGAAACUGAAGGACGUAAUUCCUAUACUUGCGAUUUGAUAUCCAUAAGAAAAUCAGAAAAAAACCUAAAGAUUUUGCGAAAAUUGGCAAAAGGAGAAGUUUGAAGAGGAAGAGAAGAUGAAGACGACAAAGGGAGGCAAAGUAAUGAACCCUACGGACGCCUACCGUAAGGUGCUCCGUAAGAAAGAACUGAAACGGAACAAGAAGGAAAGGAAGAAGGUGAGAGAGGUAGGGAUUCUGAAGAAGGAUCCGCAUGCAAUCAAGGAACAGAUUGACAAGUUAGAAAUGAUGAAGGCUGAAGGUGCUUUAGACAAAGCAAGAAAACACAAGAAGAGACAACUUGAAGACACACUUAACCUUGUCUUAAAGAAGAGAAAGGAAUAUGAAGAUAAAAUGAAGGAGAAGGGUGAGACCCCCGUUAUGUUCAGUCACUUGGGACCUCCUCCUCGGAGGACAACUGCUGAAGAAGAUGAGAGAGCGAAGCAUCCUAAACCUGAAGACUCUGUUUAUUAUCAUCCUACUCUGAAUCCCACAGGAGCUCCACCACCUGGAAAGCCACCUAUGUAUAAAUCAUCAAUAGGACCUAGAAUUCCCUUGUCUGGUGCUUCAUCUUCACAGACGUCAGAGGAUACUUCUGCAGCUAUUCCACCUCCACCUCCUUUGUCAGAUACAAGUGAAUCAAACUCAGGGGACGUCUCUGUUGCACCUGCUUCUUUGCCUCUACCACCGCCACCUCCAAUGCCACCCAAGCCUGCCACGGGAAACUUGGGUAUUCCUUUGCCUCCUCCACCUGGUCCACCACCACCUCCUGGUUCCCCACCUAAAGAGCAAGUUACAGUUCGCCCUCCACUACCUCCACCUCCUCCCCUUCCACAGUCUAUGCUGCCACCUCCCCCGGGCACUGGUGGACAUGAAGGGGAGAAAAUAUCUGUACCAUCAGAUGACUCAACCUUCAAGGAACCGUCUCAGGUGCCUCCUCCUGGAAUGCCCCCUAAACUGGCAAACAACCAGUCUGAAGAUGCUCCAUCAGAAUCUGAUGCGAAUCACCAUCCAAUGAUGAAAGAGGUUCCUAAAUUGGUUCUGCCACCCCCACCUCCACCCAGGCAACCACCUCCGGUGCCUGGACCUGCCAUGGUCCCAGUUCUACAGCCUGAUGUAUUACCACCUGGAAUAUCACAAUUCCCUCCGGUAGCACCUCCCGACAUGCGGGCAUCAUUAUCUGCUAGUGGAAUUCCUGGUCAAGCUCCUCCUGGAAUAAUGGUCCCGUUGAUGCACAGACCACCUUUGGGCCCUCCACCAGGACCUCCACCAAUGAUGAGACCACCACUUCCGCCUGGUCCUCCCCCUACUGCAAUGGAUGGUUAUAAUUCUGCAUAUCGACCACCCUUACCACAGAAACCAUCAUACGUUAAAUCUGCCGCCCCUACCGUUAUUAAACGGCCACUGGCUCAGCACCAGCCAGAACUUACUGCUAUGGUCCCUGCAUCGGUUCGAGUAAGGAGGGAGACUGCUGCCUCAAAAUCAAAACCAAAACCUUCAAUCCCAACCGUGACAACAACGGCAGCCAAGCCUGUAGCUCCUACCAUUGUGAAGCAAGAAUCCACCAGCUCAUCUUCGACUGCAAAGGCACCAAGUAUUGACGACUCGUACUCUGCUUUUUUGGAAGAUAUGAAAGCACUCGGUGCACUCGAUAGCUGAUACUUGCUAUAACUGUUGAGAUGUUAAGGAAAAAUCUUCGGCACAAUUAGAAUGAAGCAUGUACAAACCAUAUUCGGGUGCCGGCAUUACCGUGUUGCUGUGUUGUCAAGGGACACACUUCAUUCUGUGUCGUGUCGCAGUUUUAUCUUAUGUUAGAUUUUCAGUUCGUUGUUCACGAGAUUGUAUGAUUCAUGGCAAAUUCUCUCUCAAGUGAAGGUUAAAAUAUAUAGGCUAAACUUGCAAUUUUUGUGUAGUUUUUACUUUUGUUUAUCCCUUUGGGGCACAUACUGAUUGAAACUAAUC